GGCAAAAACAACCUUGUUGUGGCAUAAAGAAGAACGUUUUCAAGUGUACGAGUGAUCAGAAAGCGGCCAUUUCAUUUGAUAGGUCGGUGGUGAAAUGAUGAGUUUUUUGUGAUACGGAUCUGAUAAAUUAAUUUAUUUUUGUUCAUUUGACGUCAAAUUGUUCAAAAAUGUUAAAAACUGUAAUUUUCCUAACUAUCAUUGCCAACACCUACCAACAAAGUGUUUUGGAGGGAAUCAUCAACAUCCUCGAGGAGGGCGAAGCCCAGUUUAAUCUCGAACCUGAAGAUGUGCGAAAUCUCCUCCCAGAGUAUGAUUUUAUCGUAGUAGGCGCGGGGAGUGCCGGUUGUGUCGUUGCCAACCGACUCUCCGAAAACCCCAACUGGAAGGUUCUACUAAUUGAAGCAGGCCGAACCGAGAAUUACCUAAUGGACAUGCCCAUCCUGGCCAACUAUCUCCAAUUCACCGAUUCAAAUUGGAAGUACAAAACCACCCCCAGUGGACGUUUUUGUAUGGGGAUGGACAACCAGCAGUGCAAUUGGCCUAGGGGUAAAGUCGUAGGAGGGUCAAGUGUCCUGAAUUACAUGAUCUACACCCGAGGGAAUCACCGGGAUUACGACCAUUGGGCCGCUUUGGGAAACACAGGAUGGUCCUUCAAGGAGGUCCUCCCCUAUUUCAAAAAAGUUGAAAAUUUCUCGGUUCCCGACUCCCCCCACACCGAGUACCACUCAAAAGAUGGGUACCUCUCAGUCAGUUACGCUCCCUUUAAAACCAAAAUCGCAGAUGCCAUAAUUGAAGCUAGUAACCAAAACGGUAUUAAAUCCGUUGAUUAUAACGGCCCUAUCCAAGUUGGCGUAUCUCGUCUCCAAGUCUCCAUGCGAGAUGGAGUACGGGAGAGUGCCAGUAGGGCAUACCUCCAUCCUAUACGAAACCGACCCAACCUCCAUGUUAAAAAACUUGCCAUGGUCAGUAAGAUUUUAAUCGACCCUAAAACGAAGCAAACAGUAGGCGUUGAAUUCUUCCGGGAUGGUACUCGGUACCAAAUCCGGGCCUCGAAGGAGGUCAUCGUCUCAGCAGGUGCCAUAAAUUCGCCACAACUUCUCAUGUUGAGCGGAAUCGGACCCCGGAAACACCUUACCCAGAAAGGUAUUCCGGUACUGUCAAACCUUAAGGUUGGCUACAACCUCAUGGAUCAUAUUGCCUUGGGUGGCCUCACCUUCAUCAUUAACAAACCUUACUCACUCAAUACCGAAAAAAUGAUAACAACAGAAAACAUGAGACAGUACUUGAACUACCAUAAAGGCCCAUUGUCUGUCCCUGGAGGUUGCGAAGUAUUAGUUUUCCACGAUUUGAAAAACCCAACAGACCCAGAUGGGUACCCCGACAUCGAGCUUUUGUUCCAAGGCGGUUCCAUCGUUUCCGACCCUCUCCUUCGUAAAGACUUUGGCAUUACCAACGAAAUCUAUGACGCAGUAUACAAACCCAUCGAAGAUCUCGAUACCUUCAUGGUAUUCCCCAUGUUGAUGAGACCCAAAAGCAAAGGUCGAAUCAUGCUCAAAAAUAACAACUACCGAUCAAAACCAUACAUUUUCCCCAAUUAUUUCGCAUAUGAGGAAGAUAUGGACACCAUCAUGGGUGGCGUCCAUUUGAUCCUAAAUAUUACCCAACAACCCGCAUUGCAAAAACUUGGAACUCGCCUCCACGACAUCCCCAUCCCCCAGUGUGCCAAAUACGGAUUCGCCUCCGACGAUUACUUCAAAUGUAUGGCUCGACACUUCACUUUUACCAUCUACCAUCAGAGUGGUACUUGCAAAAUGGGCCCACCCAGCGAUAAAAAAGCAGUGGUUGACCCACGAUUAAGAGUUUAUGGUAUCAAUGGGUUGCGAGUCAUCGAUGCCUCGAUUAUGCCCGAAGUACCAGCGGCGCACACAAAUUCGCCCACUUUUAUGAUCGCAGAAAAAGGGGCCGAUAUGAUCAAAGAAGACUGGGCGAACAAAAGCUGAUAUUUACUGUGAUUAUUUUUUUUAGUUAUAAUUAUUUUUAGCUGUAAACUAAUUAAACUGUUAAUAAAUAAUUUAAAUAAA